CGUGGGGCUGGCCGUGCCGGCGGUGGAGGUGCGCUUCGAGGACGUGCACGUCGAGGCGGGCGUGUACGUCGGCACGCGCGCGCUGCCCACGCUCCUCAACUUCACGCGCAACUCGAUCGCCGCCGCGCAGCAAUCACUGGGCGCCGCGCUGCACUCACUGGGCGUUUCGCUGGAUGCGCGCCGCCCGUAUCCGAUCCUGCACGGGUGCUCGGGCGUGCUGCGGCCGGGCCGCAUGACGCUGCUGCUGGGGCCGCCAGGCGCCGGCAAGUCAACGCUCUUGCAGGCGCUCGCAGGCUGCCCCGAUAAGUCGCUCAAGGUAUCGGGCAGCGUGACCUACAACGGGCAUGCUCUUAGCGAGUUCGUGCCAGAGCGCACGGCAGUGUACGUGCCGCAGAACGACGAGCACAUCGGCGAGAUGACCGUCCGGGAGACCCUCGAUUUCUAUGCGCGCCUGCAGGGCCCGGGGCUCCGCAAAGAGCUAGUGGCGGAGCUGGAGAGGCGCGAGGCGGAGAAGGGCAUUGUACCAGACCCUACUAUGGACGCCAUUAUGAAGGCGAUGGCACUGGAGGGCAACCCCACCAACAUCAUCACGGACUAUGUGCUCAAGAUUCUAGGCCUGGACAUCUGUGCAGAUACAGUGGUAGGGAAUAACAUGCUGCGGGGCAUCUCAGGCGGGCAGAGGAAGCGAGUCACCACAGGCGUGUCCCUCGUGGGCGGGCAGCAAGUCCUGUUGAUGGACGAGAUCAGCACGGGGCUCGACUCGUCCACCACCUUCCUCAUCACGCGCUGCCUGCGCCACCUCACGCACCUCCACUCCGCCACCACGCUCGUCGCGCUGCUCCAGCCCGCCCCCGAGACCUACGAGCUCUUUGACGACGUGCUGCUGCUCUCCGAGGGCCACGUCGUCUUCCACGGGCCCCGAGAGCAGGUCGUGCCGUUUUUCAACCAGCUCGGCUUUGAGUGCCCCGAGAGGAAGGGCGAGGCGGAUUUCCUGCAGGAGGUGACGUCAAUGAAGGACCAGGGGCAGUACUGGAAGGGGGGAGUGGCUGGGGCAGAUGGUGGGGCGGGCGGGAAAAGCCAGCCAUACCACUAUGUGCCGGUGCAGGCGUUUGAGGCGGCAUUCAAGGAGACGCAGAUCGGCAAGGCCACUGCUGCCCACCUCUCGGUACGUGCCACUGCUGCCCACCUCUCGGUGCCCUACCCAAAAGAAAAGAGCCCCCCAGGCGCGCUCGCUCACAAGCGCCACUCCCUGCCAACAUCCGAAAUGUUCCGAGCAGUCUUCGCCCGCGAGUGGCUGCUCAUGCGGCGCAACUCCGUCCUCUAUGCCGCCCAGACCAUCCAGAUCAUCCUCGUAGCUCUCGUCGCCAUGACCGCCUUCUUCCGCACCACGCUCACCGUCUCCCUGCAAGACGCCAACUACUACCUGGGCGCCACAUUCUUCGGCGUAGUGAUGAUGCUCUUCAAUGGCUUCACGGAGCUUCCACUGGUCAACUUCCGCCUGCCCAUCUUCUACCGCCAGAGGGACGCGUUUCUGUACCCCGCGUGGGCGUGGGCGGUGCCUCUCGAGCUGCUCUCCAUGCCCUUCUCCGCCUGGGCGUCUAUUAUCUGGACCGCCUUCACCUAUUAUGGGAUCGGCUUUGCACCGGAACCGGGCAGGUUCUUCAUGCAGAUGUUGCUCUUCUUCCUCAUCCACCAGGUCUCCAUCUCCCUCUUCCGCCUCAUAGGAGCGCUGGGCCGCAGCAUGGUGGUGUCCACCACCUUUGGCUCAUUCGCCGACAUCCUCUUCGUCCUCAUGGGCGGCUUUGUGAUUGCAAAAGCGGACAUCAGCAAUGUGUGGAUCUGGGCCUACUGGAUAUCGCCUCUCAUGUACGCACAGAAUGCCCUCGCCGUUAACGAGUUCCUCGCGCCCCGCUGGAACGUCUGUGUGCCCAUCCCUGUGCAGUCCGCAGGUCCCCUCUUCCCCCCCACGGCCACCAUGGGGCAGGUGUUUCUGGAGAGCCGCUCGAUCCCAGCGGAUGGCAAGUGGGUCGGCAUUGGCGUGGCGGCACUCAUCGGAUACAUCAUCCUCUUCAACCUCCUCACUGUCGUCGCGCUCGCUUAUCUUGAUCCGUGGGACCGGCCGCAGCCGGUGGUGUCGGAGGAGCAGAUAGAGGCGAAGCAUGCCGCCCGCACAGGCGAGGUGGUGGUUGCAGCGGGUGGAAACAGAAAGCGGUCAACGCGGCAGGAUGCUGGCAGUGCUCUCGACCGCUACUGCACCAGCCACACAGGGAACCGAGACGUGGAGUCACAGCCCGAGUCCACGGAGGGCAAGCACGGCAUGGUGCUGCCGUUCGCGCCGCACUCGCUCGCCUUCCACAACGUCAACUACUUCGUCGACAUGCCCGCCGAGAUGCGCGCCGAGGGCGCCCCCCCCGACGCGCGCCUGCAGCUGCUGCGCUGUGUGUCGGGCGCGUUCCGCCCCGGGGUGCUGACGGCGCUGGUGGGCGUGUCGGGCGCGGGCAAGACGACGCUCAUGGACGUGCUGGCGGGGCGGAAGACCGGGGGGUACAUCGAGGGGGACGUGCGCGUGUCGGGCUUCCCCAAGGUGCACUCCACGUUUGCACGCGUGGCGGGGUACUGCGAGCAGAGCGACAUUCACAUGCCGCAGGUGACGGUGCACGAGAGCCUGCUCUUCUCCGCGUGGCUGCGCCUGCCGGCUGAUGUGGACGUGGAGGUGAGGGAGGAGUUUGUGGAGGAGGUGAUGGAGCUGGUGGAGCUCGAUAUUCUGCACGACGCCAUGCUGGGGCUGCCGGGGGUCAAUGGGCUCUCCACGGAGCAGCGCAAGCGCCUCACCAUCGCCGUCGAGCUCGUCGCCAACCCCUCCAUCAUCUUCCUCGAUGAGCCCACCAGCGGGCUCGAUGCACGCGCGGCGGCCAUUGUCAUGCGCACGGUGCGCAACACGGUGGACACGGGGCGCACGGUGGUGUGCACCAUUCACCAGCCGUCCAUCGACAUAUUUGAGGCCUUUGAUGAGCUGCUGCUGAUGAAGCGGGGAGGCGAGGUGAUAUACAUGGGCCCCUUGGGCACGGACUCGCGGCUCAUGAUAGACUACUUCCAGGCCAUCCCAGGCGUGCCGCCCAUCCGCGCCGGCUACAACCCGGCCACGUGGAUGCUCGACAUCUCCACGCCCGCCAUGGCCGAAAAACUCAACCUCGACUUCGUCGACAUCUUCCGCAAAUCAGACCAGUUCCGCCGCAACGAGGCGCUCAUCGAGUCGCUCAAGACGCCCCCGGCAGGCCAGCAGGACCUCGCCUUCGCCACUCAGUACGCCCGGAGCUACGCGUCGCAGUUCACCGCCAACCUGUGGAAGCGCGCGCACAUGUACUGGCGAGCGCCGGACUACAACGCGAUGAGAUACUUUUCCAGUGUUGUCAUGGCGCUGCUGAUCGGAGGCGUGUACUGCGGGCAGGGGCAGCAGCGCAGCACGCAGCAGCAGGUGCUGAACCUGAUGGGAGCCAUGUAUACGGCGGCCAUCUUCAUGGGGUGGAACAACUCCGCCUCCAUCCAGCCCAUCGUCGGCGUCGAGCGCACCGUGUUUUACCGCGAGCGCGCCGCAGGGCUGUAUGGUGCCAUCCCGUACGCCCUGGCGCAGGGGGCGAUUGAAGUGCCGUAUGUGUUGGUGCAGACAUUCAUCUACUCACUCAUCACGUAUGCCAUGAUCCAGUUUGAGUGGACGGCCGGCAAGUUCUGGUGGUACACGCUCUUCAUGUUCCUCACGCUCUUCUACUUCACGUGCUACGGCCUCAUGGCCAUCGCCAUCUCGCCCAACGAGCAGAUCUCAAUGGUCUUCUCUAGCUUCUGCGUCUCCUCCUGGAACCUUCUUUGCGGUUUCCUCAUUGCUCGACCCGUGAGUGCUUUCUCAUCACUCAGCUCUCUGUUUUCUUCUGUGCUUCCAUCCACUACCAUGUCCAUAUUUUGCCUCUGCCUCGUCCUUCCAGGAUAG